AUGACUAACAAGAAUGAUACUACUGAUGUAGUAAUGGAAAACAUCAAUGGAAUUACAGUAGACAUGGAAUGUAAUGAUUGUAUUGAGAGUGAUAUUGAUAUGUGUAAAAAUCAAAUAACAUUAAAAGAUUCUUAUUUAUAUGAGUUACUUAAAAAUAUGACAAAAAAUAAAGACUAUAUUUUUAAGGAACUUAAUAAUAUAACUCUUAAUGAUAUUGAAAAAAUUAAAACAUUUCCAGAAUUUAUUAGCCAGUACAAUAAUAUAAUACAAAGCAUAGCUUUCCUUAAAUAUGAUAAUAUAGGAUUUGUUCACGAAGCAGUAUUGGAAAAAGAAAAAUUUGAUAAUCAUGAAAUAUUAAAAAGACAUAGUUUGCUGGUUCGUGAAAAAAAAAUUCUAGAUGAAGAAUUAAGAAUGUAUGAUAUAGUAAACAAUGAUGCUUUUAAGCUUUACAAAACACUGGUUAAAGAAUUAAAUCUCAAUGAGGAUGAUAUUUCUGAUAAAGUAGAAUGCAAUCCAGAAACAUUCUCUGCCACUGAACUAAUAAAAAUUCUUCAGGAACACCUUAAUGAAAGGAAAAGUUCUGUAAAUUCUUUGGAAAUAAAUGAGACAUACUUGUCAACAUUGAAAAGUUUUUAUGAAGGCCGCAUUGCUGCAAAUUCGGAAAAAAAAGCUGUAAAUUGUCAAAUUAAAAAACUAAUUCGUAAUUAUUCGAAGUCAUUGAAAACAUCAUCUAAAGAUAAGUAA